AUGGCCAGUCCCGGUGGCAGCAUCUUCCCGUCCACUUAUAAGGACAACGAAGCAGCACGCCCUCAGACUCAAAUCACCACUCACGAGGAGGUUCAACUAACCCUCCCUCAAAAGAAGCCAGCCGGACGGGAGGGUCAACUCUCUUCUUUCCCCCCAAGCACUGACCUAGCUCCUCCUCGCGUCGAACAACGCUUUGAAGAAGAGGUCCGUAUCACUCGUGAGGAAGAACGUCACCGCCGUCCCGGUUCCCGCCAGUCCGAACGCUUCGUAAAGGAAGAGUUCCGACCUAUCCCACCUCCUCCUCGCGACUACACUGAGACUCAGGUCAAAGUUGAUUCAUCUCGCCGCUUCUCCAACCCCAUUGACGUUGCUGAGCGUGAAUACCGAGAACGUUUCCGUCCUCAACAACCCGAAGCUACUACCGGUCUUGAACUAGUUCAAGUCCGUCGUCCUCAUCACCAGAAGUCAAAGUCCUCUCACAAGGUCUCUGACAUCACCGUCGACGAGCGUGUUUCCAUUGCCCGUCCCAACUUCCCCAAGAUGGGUUACUACGACGACGAAGGCUCCUACCACUCCAUCCGCCAGGAUGUCAAGCAUGGCUUGGCCAAGGCUGCCGACAAGCUACUUCCCCAUCACCAUCACAACCACCACCACCACCAUCAUCACAGUGACAAUAAUAACACUACCAUUACAGAGCACGUUGAGGUUGAUGUUGUCCGCCACGAUGCUAAUUCUUCGCGCCGCCCAGCUCCUGCCACCGAGUCGCAGCCUAACACUGUGUCCAUCCCCUGCCACCACAUCCGUCUGGGUGACUUCUUGAUGCUCCAGGGCCGACCAUGCCAGGUCAUCCGCAUCUCGACCUCGUCUGCCACUGGCCAGUACCGCUACCUUGGUGUUGACCUCUUCACCAAGCAGCUGCACGAGGAGUCUUCCUUCAUUGCCAACCCCGCCCCCAGCGUUGUUGUCCAGACCAUGCUCGGCCCUGUCUUCAAGCAGUACCGUGUCCUCGACAUGGCUGACGGCUUCGUCACUGCCAUGACCGAGACCGGCGAUGUCAAGCAGGGUCUGUCUGUCAUUGACCAGUCCAACCUUUGGUCUCGUCUCCAGCAGGCUUUCGAGUCUGGCCGUGGCAGCGUCCGUGUCCUCGUUCUCAACGAUGGCGGCCGUGAGCUCGCUGUUGAGAUGAAGGUCAUCCACGGCUCUCGCUUGUAA